AUGAGACGUUCUACAGUUCAGGGUAGCAAUUUCCCUUCGUUUCUACCGAAAGAGGUUGAGGAUUUUAAAGAUCCAUUUGCAAGGAUGCUUGCUGCAAGGAUUGAGAGGCUGCCAGUAAACGUUGGGCUCGCAGAAAGAAGUAUCAUGAGUAGUUGUGUGAAGCCUUUGAGACAGAGUACUGAGACAAGUCCAUUGGUUCUCCUCCAUGGUUUUGACAGUUCCUGUUUAGAAUGGAGAUACACAUUUCCACUGCUUGAGGAGGCUGGUUUGGAGACUUGGGCUGUUGAUGUUCUUGGCUGGGGUUUCUCUGAUUUGGAAAGACUUCCAUCAUGUGAUGUUGCAUCUAAGCGUGGUCACUUGUAUCAGCUUUGGAAAUCCUAUAUCAGAAGACCCGUCAUAUUGGUUGGACCAAGCCUUGGUGCUGCUGUUGCAAUUGACUUCGCUGUCAACCAUCCUGAAGCAGUAGAAAAGUUGGUUUUGAUUGACGCAAGUGUAUAUGCUGAAGGCACAGGAAACCUUGCAAAGUUACCUAGAGCAAUAGCAUAUGCUGGGGUUUAUUUACUGAAGAGCAUCCCCUUGCGCUUAUUUGUUAAUCUUCUGGCAUUCAAUGAUCUAUCAUUAAGCACCAGCAUAGACUGGAUGAAUGUGGGCAGACUCCAUUGUCUAUAUCCUUGGUGGGAGGAUGCAACUGUAAAUUUUAUGAUUAGUGGUGGUUAUAAUGUUAGCGCUCAGAUAGAGAAGGUCAAGCGGAGGACACUGAUCAUUUGGGGUGAGAAUGAUCAAAUCAUUAGCAACAAGUUGGCAGUGAGGCUGCAUUGUGAACUGCCACAUGCUGUCAUACGCCAAAUACCAGAUUGUGGCCACCUUCCUCAUGUGGAAAAGCCCAACUCUGUUGCCAAAUUGAUUCUGGAUUUUGUUGGAGAAGAUAGCUAUAAAGAAGCUCAACGUGUUUCUCAGGAGGGAGAGCAAGAGAAUCCAAUAGAUCAGAGGGAUAGUCUCAAGUUUUGUUGCAGGCUAAGUAAACCUUUUGUGUAUUUGAACAUCAUGCUCCUUGCUUCAAAUUGCGAAGUGUUUCGGUGCAAGAGUAAAUCCAUGAAACUUGGCAUAUUAAUUUGUGGAUGUGGAAAUGAGAAUCCUACUGCAAUUUGGGAGGUUGAUCUAAGAUUCUCAGUGUAG